GGUUCAUUCAGGAGUUGGACAUCCCUACGGCGGAGAGAGCAGAUAGAGAGAGAGAGAGGGAGACGCUGAGGAAGAAACAGAUCGCUGUGAGAGUCUGGAAGGAGCAGACAGACGCCUAAAAUGGGAGUCGAGAUUGAGACCAUAACCCCUGGCGACGGAAGGACUUUUCCCAAAAAAGGACAGACCUGUGUGGUGCAUUAUGUUGGCUCUCUGACAGACGGACGGAAGUUCGACUCUUCCCGUGACCGUGACAAGCCAUUCAAGUUCAAGAUUGGUAAACAGGAAGUGAUUCGGGGCUGGGAGGAAGGUGUUGUGCAGAUGAGCGUAGGCCAGCGAGCGAAACUGACCUGCUCUCCAGACUUUGCCUAUGGUAAUAAAGGUCACCCUGGAAUCAUCCCGCCAAACGCCACCCUCAUCUUUGACGUGGAGCUUCUCAGUCUGGAGUGACAACACUUUACUGCCUGUUCUUAUUCAUGCUUUAUUAUUUGUUUGUCAAUUUACUGUCUUGGACAUGAAGAGAAGCUUGGACCUGCGUUUGAUUUCAGAAGAGUUUUCUUGAGCCUAAUUUCCCAUCCUUUUAAUCACUACUUUAUUCACUCCUCACACAUGUGAUAUUGCUAAUGACUUCAAUUGUAAACUCCUCAUCCUGAUUUACAAUCCAUGGUGGUGGUUCUGAGUUCCAGUCUUGAGGGACACUCUGUUAACUGGGAUUAUGUUUAUUUCUCUGUUUCAAGUCUUCAGUUAAUCAAGGCUCUCCCUCUGGGUUGCUAACCACCCAUCUGUUUAAACAUAUUCAAAAAGGUUGCCUGCACAAAUACAUCCUGAAUACUAAAUUAUGUGUUAUUUUCCUAGGGGUUGUGCAUGACAACAAAUCCUUUUAGUAUUAUUGUCACACACUUAUUUGCAUGUUAUAUUUGAAUAAUAACAUCCCCUCAUUAGUACUUAGUAUGAUGCGCUUUGAGGCCUAGUGUUUGUGUGACUGAGCAAAUAGAAAACACAUGCCUCUUGCUGAACACUAAAGAAUAGAGAACUACUAGAGUAGAUAUGAACAAGCACCUACUGCCUAUUUAGAUUAAGCACUUAGGCUUGGCUAGUGGACUUAGUGGACUACUCUAGUUGAUUGUCCUGAUAAUAUUUAAUCGGCUAUACAUUUGACACCCUGUCAGAGAUUUGUGUGAUAAAAAAGGCUCAUCAUUCUCUGUAAUAUCAUGUUUGCUAUAAUAUAGUGUUGUAACACAAGAAAGCAUGUUUUGUUUUAAGUACGUUGCUCUUAAAAAGUAAGUUAAGCGAAUGUGUUUGAUUGGCACUGAACAAUCUGGAACAGUUAUAUUCUGUUUCUAAUGAUUUUAUUGUUUAUGUAUUACAUUUUAUUUCUGACUAUUUUGUAAUGAGAUACAUUGGCAUGACUGCAACGUGCAUGUCAUACAUAGACACGCUUGUAUUAGUAAGGCACUUUUACAUAUCUUCACCUAUGAUUUCCUGUCAUUAUAGCAGCUACAUGUUUCAGCAAACUAUCAAUUUGCCAAAUGUUGAGCACUGUGUGCACACAUGAAAUCGAAGUGAUGCUUUUAUUAGAGUUGUAAAACUGGUUAUAGUAGGCUAAAAUUAAAUUGCUACCUACUUUUGAAACAUUUUGCAUUGAUAUAUAUUUUUUAAAUGCCAAGUUUUUAGAGCUACAGUAUUACAGUUGUCUGUUAUUAUUGAGAACCACACUGCCUAGAUGCGCACUGUGUUUAAUUGGUUGAAGUAAUAGAGGCAGUACUGUUUUGUAUUGGUAAAUAAAGUAAAAAAAAGAAAGUUUUGAUGUAAAAGCAAAUCUUUGAAAACAAUGAUUUGAGUUGAUGCUUCUUUCUCCCUCACUAUCGUUGAAUUUUAAGCAUCAGUGUGUGUGGCUUUAAUAGACCUGAAAUGCAAUGUAUGUUUGUGUGUUGAGUGACAUGAACUGGCCGUAACCAAUGAACAAAUGAAAAUGCGCUAUUGCAAUAAAUGCAUUUUUUUCUGCUUUGAGCAAUGGA